UCUAAGUGGAGAGGCGUUCGGCUCGUAUUUAUAGCACUCUUACCAGCAAAGACCCGCAAACGCCAAUAGCAACCACGCGCUAACUGCCAACAACUUCUUCUGCAAUCAUCAGGUAAAAACCUUAAGACUCCUCGAGGAUUCUUUGUUAAGUUUGCCCUUGAAAGCAAUGGAACUUUGAAAUUAGUUGUUAAGUUACGAUACCAUCCAGAGGAGAGACUUCUGCCGGAGUGGAACAAUUCGCCAGAUUCCAAAGAAAAUAAUAUUCGAAGAGAAUGGACUCGCUGAAGAUAAAGCGUGUGGCGUCUAGCUUCGUCAAGGAUAUCCCAUGCGUCCUGUGUGUCCUCGUCUUCCUCGUCUCAGUGACACUCACAGUAACAGCAGUUGAAGACCAGUCCAAGGGAAGCCUGCGUGAUGACCAAACCAUGGCGUUCGGUUUAGCAAAGCGGUCCAAGGACAACAACCAUAAGUUCGGCUGGGGAAAGCGAUCUCGAUCUGCCCGGGUAGGUCUUGAGGAGGACCUAUUCAACAAGCGGGGCGGCGAGGCGACAAGAUUUGCUGGGAUGGUGGGUCCGGAUGACUUGGAGGAAGAAAAUUACGCAAGGGACGCUGAAGGCGAGGACGGUGCAUCUCUCGAGCGCGACACGAAUGUAGACCGAAACGGCUGGGGUGGUAAUUACGGUCGCGACUUGGACGAAUCGCCAAAUGAAUUACGCGCGCUCAUGGCGGCGAGGAAACGCACAUUAGAUUUGGAGAAACGUCACGGGAAUGGAUGGAACGGCGCGUACGGAAAGCGCAGUCGAAACGGCUGGCACUCUGCUUACGGCAAAAAGAAGCGCAGCGUUUCUGAGUCGUAGAUAUUUUGAAACUUAGGUGUCCGAAUAUCUUGCUGAUGUCAAUUGUUUGUGACGACAAAGUACGAUUUUACGGAAUCUUUUUGCUACGAAAGCAAUAAACUCUUUUCGAACUGUUGAAAAUCAAAAUAAGGUCAAUAUGGUUACUUCUGCCACGGACAAAUACUUUAUAGGUUCGUGCUUCUGCCAACUACAUGUAGUCACAUCUUCUGGUUGAAAAUAUUAAAUACAGAGUCUCUCGUUCAGAACAUGUCAGCUUUAAUCUUAAAACCUAGUGUAUAGGGGCGUGCAUUCAAUGUGGACUUGCAUAUUCUGUCACAUCCCUAAAAACACCACCCUGCCGGCAUCGCUGAGAGCAAAUCCAACAAGGCUUUCUGCGCCCGUUGGUCAAAACAAAAAGUAUUUUACUUUUUUUGGGAUCUGCACUGAGACACUGUCUUGUUAUAUAACAAUUAAAGGUCGUGCCUUCAGGCUCUUCGAUACAGAUAUAUAAUGUCCGUUGGCAUGUUAGGUUAUUCCCUAACAAGCACCCGAGGUGCUACAACGUAUAAAGCCCGAACUCGUGACCGACCAAAAAAGAAAUGGAAUGAAAUGACUUCGUAAUAUAACGCGCCUGAUCCGGCGAUGCUAUCUCUAGUUAUUUUUUGAAUAAAUGAUAUUCCUUA